GGGGGCUAGGCAACCAAACCUCGUCAUCUUCUCAACCCACUUGCUUGGUCAGCGACCCCCGUGGAAAGAUUCCUCAACCGGGGGCGCGCCUCCAAUUACGUGACCCGAUGCCGCCUAGUCCUGCUCUACCGUAACUUACUUAAACCGAACAGCAGCCCCCCCCCCCCCCGGGCCAGCCCCGCAACCAUGGCUUCUCCAAACCCGAACAAGUCUGACGAGACCUCGUACGUUCAAAUGUCCGCCGCCGCAGUCGACAGCCGCGGCACCGACGCGAGCCUGGUAGGCUCCCACUGCCAGUACAGCUACUGCAACCAGCUCGACUUCCUCCCGUUCCGAUGCCAGAGCUGCAACAAGACGUUCUGCCUCGAGCACCGCACCGAAGACAGCCACGAAUGCACGAACCCGGGGGCGUGGGCGGCGCGCCGGCGCGAGCAGGAACUGGCUAGGCCGUCGCUGGGCCAGGGCAAGCCCAUGCGCGACCCGGUGGGCCGGAAGAAGGUGUGCGCCGACGACAGCUGCAGCGCCGUCAUCGGCACGCCGCUCGCGCCGGGCGUGCCCUGCCCCGGCUGCAACCGCGACUACUGCCUCAAGCACCGGCUGCGCGAGGAGCACGACUGCAGCAGCAAGACGCCGAUCGGGGCCCGCGCCGCCGGCGCGGCCCAGGCCGCCGCCGUCGCCGAGGGGGCCAGGAGCGCGCUGGAGCGCUUCCGCCUGUGGGGCCAGGCCAAGAAGCAGCAGGCCAAGAUGUCUCUCGCGUCGACGAGCUCGAAGCCCAAGGUCGCGCAGAUGGUCGCGGUCAACAAUCUCAAGAAGACGGCCAAGGGGGACGCCAAGAUUGCGCCCGAGAAGAGGAUAUACCUGUACGUCGAGGCCGAGGCGGCGACCGCCAGGGCCAAGAUUCCGAAGGGCGAGUUCUUCUACUCGCAGGAUUGGGUGGUUGGCAAGAUGCUGGAUGCUGCGGCGCGGAGUUUGCAGGUGCCGAAUGUCAACAACCAGUCGAGCUCGGAGGAGGACAAGUUACGGGUGUUCCAUGUCGAAGGAGGGCGGUUGCUAGACUUCAACGAGAAGUUGGGCGACGUGUUGCAGAGCGGCAACACCGUUGUCUUGUUGAGGGGUGUUGGGCCGCCGCCGGAUCUGAUCGAGGCAUGA